UGAUCCACUUAGACUGUGACCUGAUGAGUUGGAGGAGCAGGACAAAGGUAGAGCGCAGCAGACGGAAGAAGAGAAAAGAUAACGUUUAAAAACUUUUAAAAGUCUGACAGAGGAUUAGAAGAAGCCUCUCCUGGAUUAGCAGUGGAGGAGUAAAGGGAACCAAACAAGGUGGAGAGGAGACAUACGAGAACCCACAAUGUGACUGUGAAGGAGGUGAUUCAAAGGAGGAGAGAGAGUCAUCAGGCAAUAAGAGGAGCAGGGAAAAGGAGAAGUGGUUUGGAGCGGUUGACUUUCAUGUGGGGAGGAGAAACCAGAGGAGAGCCAAUGUGACUGUGGGGUAAAAACAGGGUGACCUGGAGGCCGAGGAGCAGCAGGUGUUUGCAGAGAGAGAGAGAGAGAGAGAGAGUUCAUUAACACUUGAACUGUGUUUGAGAAGCAGAUCUGGUCCUGAUGAUGGGCUGCUGUCUCUUUGUUUACUAUCGGAAGAAGAGGAAGCAGGCGAGCAGAGAUGCAGACUCCCUUAGCCUCUGCAGUCUGGACAUCAAUGAGCCCAGCACCAAGCGCAGUAAGCCUGUAUCUAGGGUGGCAUCUCUGGCCAACCUGCUGCCACCCGUCAAGACCACGCCGCUGAAGAGGAUUGGUCAGACGCUGCAGCGCUCCAUUAGUUUUCGUAAUGUAAGUCAGACAGAGAGAGCUGCUCCUCCUCCUCCUCCUCCUGCUUCCUCCUCAACUACGAUGAAGACGCGCACUAUCUCAGCGACUGUCUCCAACUCCUCUUCCACGGCUGCAACAAGGAACUCCACAGCCACAGCUGCCAAGCGCCGGGACAGCAAACUUUGGAGCGAGACAUUUGAUGUCCGUAUGGGAGCGAUGCAAUCUCUGAGCCCCAAAGAGAUAAAACGACAAGAGGCCAUAUUUGAGUUGGCUCAGGGCGAGCAAGACUUAGUGGAGGAUCUCAAGUUGGCUAAGAAGGCCUACCAUGACCCAAUGCUGAAGCUAUCAAUCAUGACGGAGGAGGAACUGAACCAGAUCUUUGGCACUCUGGACUCACUGAUACCCCUGCAUGAAGAUCUGCUCAGUUGCCUCAGAGAUGCCAGAAAAGCUGACGGGUCCACAGAACAUGUGGGACACAUCCUGAUAGACUGGCUGCCCUGUCUCUCCUCCUACACUCCGUACUGCAGUAAUCAGGUAAAGGCCAAGGCCUUGCUGGACCGGAAGAAGCAGGAUCGGCGAGUCCAGGACUUCUUGCAGCGCUGUCUCCAGUCACCCUUUAGCAGGAAGUUGGACCUAUGGAAUUUCCUAGACAUUCCUCGCAGCCGACUGGUGAAAUAUCCGCUGCUUCUCCGGGAGAUCCUGAAACACACGCCCAACGACAACGCAGAUCGGCAGCACCUGGAGGAGGCGGUGCUCAUGGUUCAGAGUGUGGUUGCAGACAUCAACCAGCACACGGGGGAAUCAGAGUGUCAGUACUACAAGGAUCGUCUUUUGUACACAGAGGAAGGACAGAGAGAUGAACUCAUUGACCGGUCCAGGACCCUCAGCUGCCAUGGAGAGCUGAAGAACAACAGAGGACUCAAGCUUCAUGUCUUUCUGUUCCAGGACAUCCUGGUUAUCACCAGGUCACUUUCACUCAAUGACCAGUCAUUCACCUACCAGCUCUGCCGCCAGCCAAUCCCCAUCCGGCAGCUCGACCUGGAGGAUCUAUCGGACGGAGAGAUGAGAGUGAGCGGCUCCAUCAGAGGCGCUUUCAGCAACAACGAACGGACAAAGAACUUCUUCCGGGUUUCAUGUCGUACUGCAGGUCAGCCUCAGAGCCACUGUUUCCAGGCCAGCGACGCCUUCAACAAACAGCAGUGGAUCAAUUGCAUCAGACAAGCCAAGGAAGCCGCAGCACUGACUGGAGACCAGCCAUCGCACACAGGACAGUGUCUGGAGACAAGACUUGGUAGAACAACACCGAGUUUACAAGGUGAUCCAGGGAUUGAUGUUGAAAAGGGGACGUGGGGGGAGAUGGAGCCCGGGCUUGGUUUGGAAGGAAAGGAUGCUCUGACUGGAGUUAGAGAGCUGAGCUUAGAUAAAGAGGCUGAUGUAGAUCCGACUCCAAAAACAAUGAGUGGUGCGGCCAUGGAGACAGAUUUGACUCCAGAUGAUGUGACAAGGUUUGAAUUAGAUGGAGAAACAGGGAUGGACAGUGAGCUGAGGCUGAUGGUCAGUGAGGCAGAGACAGGGGAGAUGGAGACAGGGCUGGGUUCCUGUGAUGAGACACGGGCAGAGCCAGUAACUAUGGAUGCAGGAGGAGGAGAAGAAGGAGAGACGAUCAGCAGAAGUGACAUUGAUGAUCCCUCCUCCCUUCUCUCCUCUACUCCUCCCACUCAAGAGGAAGAGGAUGUCAUUGAGGGGGUGCAGAUUGGUGAUAAGGAAGAGGAGGAGCUUGACACAGAUACCAUUGAGGCUGAAUCACUGGAAGACGAGGAGCUAACCCUCAGGUGCUGAUACAAGGACCAAGUGAACCAGGAUACACAGAAGGACUCUCGAUGCUGCCUGUCACAUGUGGGAUUUGAUGAUGAAAUGUCUGAAAGCACAUCAAUCAAUUCAAAUCAAUCAAUCAAGAACAUUGUAACUGUUGCUGGUAACACUGUGUUCUAGAAUGUCAAAGCAACUGUCACCCAAAACUCUGGAACACUGAUCUUGUCACAUGUGAUGAGGCUGUAGCAACUGCACGGACGCUUUAAGAACUGGGAAUCAGUGGUGCUUCAUUCACAGGCUCCGAAUUACAACAGAUUUGCUCAGGUUAUGUGUUAUAACGACUCUCUGACUCCCCCUCACACAAAUAGAACAGAAAACUUUCACUGACAUCUGUCUCCUCAAGUGUCAAGGUUUUAAUGUUCAUUGGACCAAAAUGCUCAUAUUAUGAUCAAAAGACAGUUUUUUUCAUGCUCGUAAAACGUCUAUGGUUUCACUGCCUUUUGAAUACGAGGAGAGAAGUCACUGUCACGUGAACUGCAGCUGUGGCCACAAUGCCAACGAUCAUCCCACAUACCAACACUGACCUUGAACAAUCUUCACUCUGAAUAACGCUGCGUCCCACAUCAGUGACACUACGAUGACGCAAGGGUGCAAACAUUUAUUUUUUAUUUUUAAGUUUUAUUCCUGGCUUCUUCCUGAGUUUAUUCCUGGAUAGUUAACAUUCGCUCACUUUCUAAUAUUUUGCAGUUGAUCUGCCUUUGACCAGUGGCUUUCACCUCUGAAUUAAUUCCACAGCUGUUCAAACUGCUGACAACAUCAUACUAUUCCAAUAUUAAAACAAAAUAAAUUUAAUUUGUAAGGACAGUGAAAAUCACUUUCUUUGUUUGUGGUUAAAAUGAUCAUGGUCUACAUGGACAGAACAAUACCUAUAGCAAUAUGAUUGCACUCGCUGUAUUGUCAUGAUACACAGUCAAACUAUUUAAGUCAAUAUCAGACUGACGAAUGGGAUUAAUGCUUCCCUAGCGCUAACAGGCUGAUUAUAAUAUCUUGUGCAUAGUAUACAUGUGUGCACACGAGCAGAUCAGUAUGUGCACAUUAACUGACAAGUCAUGUCAGAAUAAAAAGCAAAAGGCAAUAAAAUAGAAUGAUGUUGCACAAUCACAAUUGAGGUCUCAAACUCGACUCAAAUUAAAAACAGUGAAAAGAAAUGAGUCUUUCACAGUGAAAGACCCAGGAAAGUUAGCAACAAAUGGCCAAAUAGUGCGCGGAAUAAAACGACUCUGAUGUAAAUACUACACAUCAAUAUAUUAUAAAAGUUGGCUUUGUAAAUGCUCAGCACUAACUUUACAUCUCCAUUGUUGAGAUUUGGUUUAGUUAGUAUGCAGAAGAGCUACUUCAGUUGGUUCAAAAGUAAUCAUCUCACACUUGUAUCUAUCAAUUCUGCUCUAUUUUUAUGUCAUUUGAAGGAUUACGUUAUUAUUCAUUAAGGAUUGUAUUAACUUGGAUUUGAUCUCCUAGCAGCAUUCCAAAUGUGAUCAUUGAUUUUCUCUUUGAAUCGUCUGUGUCCAGUGCUUUUUCUUCCAUGUUCUGUAAAAUCCACGGCAGGACUUUGGUUGUGAAAAUCAAAGAGGUCCUGAUGGCGAGGCCCAGUGUGCAUGUACUACAUAUGUACAGUAUAUGUAAACUAUUAUGUAAAGAAUGUACAGUUUCUAUAUGAAUGUAGGAACAAAGCUAUUAUGUUUAUUACAUACAUAUACUCUAGAUGUGUAUGUUAAACAUUACUUACAGUGGCUGGACAAUCCAUUUAAUACAUUUCCAGUGUGAUGAUGAUGAUGAUAAAUUCAAGGGUUUAGUUACAUCAAAGAAAAGAGUUGAGCAACCCUAGACAAAACCUUUGCACACUGUCUCUUUCUUUUUAUUCUGUUGAGUAAAAAAAAUAAAAAUAAAAAGGCAAUAGUUAGCUGAUGUAUUAGCUAAUGUUUUCAUUGUCAGAAUGCAAAACAUCAAUAAAUGUUUUUUAAGGA